AUGAAUGAGCCGCGGUUGAGAUGCACGGAGCUGGAUGAGAAUGGAAAUGUGACGCUUGUUAGUGGGGAGUUUAAGAAGAGUGAAUUGACUGCUAAGUACGGCCUGCUUCCCCGCGAUCUUCGUAAGAUCGACUCCUCCGUCCUUCCACAUAUUCUUGUCCGCCACAGUGCUAUUUUAAUCAGCCUUCUACAUCUCCGGGUUCUGAUAAAGUCAGACCGGGUUUUGGUAUUUGAUGCGUACGGCUCGACUGACUCGUACACACAAUCGGUAUUCAUGUAUGAUCUGGAAGGCAAACUACGUCAGAAAGAGGCGACAGGCCGGCAGUUCUCACCUGGCGCUCUUCCAUACGAAUUCCGCGCUCUGGAAGCGGUUCUGGUCAGCGUGACCACUGGACUUGAGGCUGAGUUUGAAGGAGUAAGGGAGCCUGUUGUGCGUGUUCUUCGGGCUCUGGAAGAGGAUAUAGACAGAGACAAGUUACGGCGCCUCUUGAUAUACUCCAAGAGGUUGGGCACGUUCGAGCAGAAAGCUAGACUAGUGCGCGAUGCGAUUGAGGAUCUGCUGGAAGCUGAUGAUGACUUGACGGCAAUGUAUUUAUCAGAAAAAGCGCAAGGCGUGCAUAGGCAGGAGGUCGAUCAUCAAGAGAUUGAAAUGCUGCUUGAGUCCUAUCACAAAGUCUGCGAUGAAAUCGUUCAGGCCAGUGGAAAUCUAGUUACCAACAUUCGAAACACGGAGGAAAUUGUGAAAGCAAUCCUCGACGCCAACCGCAACUCCCUCAUGCUCCUCGAUCUCAAAUUUAGCAUCGGCACCCUCGGCUUAGCAGCCGGAACCCUUUGCUCCGCACUCUAUGGCAUGAACUUAAAAAACUUCCUAGAAGAAUCCGACAUAGGUUUCACCGCCGUGUCCGGUGUCUGCUUCGCCUUUACCGCCUUCGUGUGCGCAUAUGGGCUCAUGAAACUACGGAAAGUGCAGCGUGUACGGAUGUGGGGGGAGGCAGGGUUGCAUGACCGUAGUAUUGGUGCCCUGGGGCUCAGGAGUGAUAGGCGUGCGGCUAAUCGGACUGAUUGGCGUUCUGAUUUUGUUGGCCCCCUCUGGACGGGGUUGGCUGGUGAGACUCGUGUGGAGAGGUUGAAGAGACUUCGACAGAGGGUUGCUGCUUCUGCGCCUGCUUCGGUGACUCCUCCGAUUGCGAAGAAUGCUCAUGGUUUUGAGAAACAAUACAAAGUGCAGCGGCAGCGGCAGCGGCUACAGCAGCAGCAUCAGCAUCCGCAGUUGACGGACCAUGAUGGAGUUGAUACCAGCAGCGCGGAACCAGAGCUGGCAAGUACAGCCAUCAGCUCUGCCUCUCGAUUGUAA